GCAUUCAGAAAAGUUUGAAUACUGUGGAGUUGACGAGAUAAUAAAACAUGUAAUACUGUCCAAAUUACUAGGAAGAAAGACAACAGCUGAUCCAAUAGUCAAAUAAAAUUAAAGUAAAAGUAGAUUUGGUUGAUUUGUUAAAUCUAACUCAAAAAGCAAUAGUUGUCAGAUAAUAUUUUCUCUCAAAUUAACAGUUUGAUAACAUAAUCCUUCAGUGAAGUCCGGGUUCACACUCCGCACCAGUAGGUGGCGCUGUUGCACCAAAGCCCUGGAAACCGCAUGAACAAGGAAGUGGAAGAAGCAGAAGACGCAGAGUGGCGAACCGGUCAGCUGACCUGCUCCAUCAGCAGAAUUAACGCUUCUGUUCAUUUAUUGUCAGGUGAACUUCAGGAAUUUGUGAUUUAGUGUCUUCUCGAGGCGCCGCCAUGUCGCUCCAGCCGUUUCCAGCUCCGGACACCAUGAGCAGAAGCAACGCGAGCGGAAGCAAAGCGAGCGGAACCGCUGGCAGGGAGUUCGUGUUCGAGUUCAAGGCCGGGAAGAACACCUGCGUGCUCAGAGUUCCGCUGCAGCUUCCGGUCCAGCUGAACAUCCGGGACCUGCACGGGAGGCUCAUGCUGCUGCACAACAUCCCCUGCUACAUAGAAGAUGAGCUGAAAGCCGCCCUCUCCGCCUUCAUGGAGGAGCAGAGCGGCCUGGACUUUGACCGUGAGGCGGAGCUGGCCCUGCAGCGCCUCGCCUGCAGCGCCGUGGACAUCAACCAGCUGACCAGCGCGUGGGCCGCAUCCUACGCUCAGACCAGCCUGGAGCACGCUCGGCCCGAGGAGCCCAGCUGGGACGAAGACUUUGCUGACGUUUACCACGAACUGAUCCACUCGCCUGCCUCCGAAACGCUGCUGAACCUGGAGCACAGCUACUUCGUCAGCGUGUCGGAGCUGAUCAGCGAGCGAGACGUGGAGCUCAGCAAGCUGCAGAGGGUAGUGCCGCAAGCAGCAGAGAUGGACAAAGUGAUGCAUGAGCUGGGAAACACGCUGAGCGACCACGAUGUCAACGCCGUGGCUUCGCAACACUUUGAUGCUCAGCAGGUGCUGGAGAACAGGUGGGCGAGCGAGCUGAAGCAGGUGAUGACCAUCCAGAAGCAGGAGUACCAGGACUGGGUCAUUAAGCUGCACCAGGAUCUGCAGAAAUCCAACAACAGCAGCAAAAUCAACGAGGAGAUCAAGGUGCAGCCGGGCCGGCUGGCGGAGGCUGCGGACGGCGACUGCAGGCCGUUCGAGGAGCAUCCGCUGCUGGAGGAGAGCUUCACCAUCCACCUAGGAGCGCAGCUCAAGACGAUGCACAACCUGCGGCUGGUCCGUGCCGACGUGUUGGACUUCUGCAAGCACCGGCGCUACAGCAGCAGCGGCGCCAAGCUGCGGCGCUUGCAGACGGCGCUGUCGCUCUACUCGUCCUCGCUCUGCGGCCUGGUGCUGCUGGUGGACAACCGGGUCAACUCCUACAGCGGCAUCAAGAGAGACUUUGCCACGGUGGCGAAGGAAUGCACCGACUUCCACUUCCUGAGCCUGGAGCAGCAGCUGGAGGAGGUGCAGCAGGCGGUGCUGUAUGCGCGGGUGCAGCGCUGCAGCAAGCAGAAGCAGCCGGCAGAAAAUCAGAAGAGUGGAGGAGAUGAUAAGAGCAAAACAGCUGAAAGAAAUCCCUCAAAUAUUCUCCCAGGCGAGUUCUACAUCUCCAGACACUCCAACCUGUCGGAGGUCCACGUCGUCUUCCACCUCUGUGUGGACGACAACCUGCGGUCGGGAAGCAUCACGGCGCGCGACCCGGCCAUCAUGGGCCUGAGGAACAUCCUGAAGGUCUGCUGCACGCACGACGUCACCACCGUCACCGUGCCGCUGCUGCUGGUCCACGACAUGUCCGAGGAGAUGACCAUCCCCUGGUGCCUGAAGAGAGCAGAGUUGGUCUUCAAAUGUGUCAAAGGUUUUAUGAUGGAAAUGGCUUCGUGGGACGGAGGGAUCUCCCGCACCGUUCAGUUCCUGGUGCCGAAGAGCAUUUCAGAGGAGAUGUUCUACCAGCUGAGCAACAUGCUGCCUCAGAUCUUCCGUGUCUCUUCCACUCUGACGCUCACCUCAAAGCACUGAUGAGGAAAACCAUUCCAGAUGAGGCCAGGUCACGACCUGAUGAGCCCAGGAAUGGUUUUCACAGGCGCAGCAGAGCGGAGAUCCUGGUCAGACUUUCAUCCAUCCAGAUUUCAUUAGAUGAAGCAGAAAAUCUCGAGACUUUGAAACAGAAAUGAAUGAAAAUGUUUUUCUGCCUGACGGAUCGCUGACGGUCCACCCAGACAACAUCAGAACCAGAACAUCCUCGCUCCUGGCCUGUUCUAGAUCUGAAGUCAGACGUUUGGUGAAUAAAUCCUUCUGGAGGACAUCUGGUUGCUCCUGCUGGUCCGUACUGGAGAUGUUUUGGUUCUAAUCCGCUUUCUUCUCUUCCAGCUUCUGGAAAGACGAGUUCUUUGGAUGAGAUGAUUGUUUUUUCCAGGGAAAUUUGAUUUGAGCUUCCUGGAUUCAUCUCAUUCUAGCUGCUGAUCUAAAAGAAACGCAUCCGGUUCUACUGGAUAAACACGAGCUGGGACGCUGCCCGGCAAGACGCCUGGGCCACUAAAGCAAAUCAUUUCAUAUCUUCCCCUUCCUAAAAUGACGAGCCGAGUCAUUUUUAUCCCAAAUUAUAUUUGCAAAAGAUGACAUGGCCCGUUAUUUUAGGAAUAUUAGCGAUUUAGCUGUUCCUCCCCUCUAACAGUAGGUGGCACUAUUCCUGAAUAUAGAGGAGGAACAAAGUGGAGACCACACACACACACCCAGAUACACACACCCACAUACACACACACACAUACACACACCCCCACACACACAUUCACACAAUGACCCACUUUCAUAAUCUGAACAAGCAUCGAUCCACCUGGGAUUAUUUUCCUGCUUCUGCCCUCAGCGAGUCCAUAAAGAUAUUUACUGUAUUUCUAAUUAAUGUUUUACUAAUAAUAAUAAAGUUGGAGAGCUCA